AAUCGAACAUGGCGGACGGACGUGAUGUUUUCGCGACGUUGGCAUGGAUGUGAUGGAAAACGUAGUUAAAUACAGAAUCUUUGUUAAAGAUGGAGAUUCUUUUGCCACAGAAAGCAAGUUGGAAACGCUUUUGGCUCAUUACCAGGUUUUUCUGAGUCCAUUCAUCGAUGAUUUCAUUUGGCAAGUCGAGCCUUUCUGUCUAGUGACCAAAGCCGGAAAAGGUUCGUCACUUCACAGCUAACGUUGUUGGAGCAAUGCAAGCUAAUCUUUCCCUUUUAUAACAGAACAGUAAUCAUUCGGGCCGAUAUUUUUCGCCUUGGAAAAGACGCUACCCUCACAUGGCCCCUCUACGUCCAAACUAGAGAUUGGCUUGUUCGUGUUCGUUUCUUGUAUUAUCUUGAAAAGGCUAAACUGCAGAAUACCCGGUAACUUUGGUCCGCCUCACUUACAUGUGUCGGGAGGCUCUGAAGUUUGAGUUAUAACACAAUAGACGCUAUUCUUAUUCAAUGACAUGUAAAUGAGUGGUCGGGUAUUCUGCAGUUGCUCCGUAUGUAAAAUAGAUUUUAAAGUGAAGAUUACAUCGAGCUCUCCCAUUAGCAGAGGAAAUUUGAGAGUUAUAAUGAGCUGAAAUCUAAAGCAAGGAAAACACAUGAUACACGAGCUGAGGCUAGCUCAAAAUUAAAGGGCUGAAAAUUCAAUAGUUCUAGUACCUUCGAUUUUUUAGUAAAAGGUUUCUUUAUUUCCUUACAUACUUUUCCUCUUUUUUCCAUUUAGGAGACAAUCCAGCUCACCUUCAUGGAAAGACAAAGUUUGGCGACAAUAUUGAUGAUGAAUGGUUUAUUGUAUGUCUUCUCUUCAAACUUUCAAAGGCAUUUCCUGAAACAUGUGUAAGGUGAGAGAAGGAGUGGAGCCAUGUUAGAAUACUGAAAAUUCUCUAAAGUAGCCUGAAAGAAAUUUUAGGUAUUUCUGCAACAUUCUGAUUAACCUCUUACUAUUUUAACCAGAAUUCAUGCAGUAUCUGUAACAAGCAAAUUUAAAUUGAAAAGUAAAAGAUUUAAUCUAGUUUGGCUUUCAACUAAAUUUCUUCAUAUUAAAUUAAAUGAACUUGAUAUUCGUGUUAGAAGAACACUAUGAAUUUGCAUGAUGUUUUUUUAGGUGAUCUUCUUUAACCUUCAUGCCUUGAAAUUUCAACAAGUUUAAUUUCCAUCUGGUUUGUACUUUCUUCUUUAGUAUAUCUGAUAAUGAUGGUGAAUUCCUGUUGAUUGAGGCAGCUGAUUUCCUACCAAGGUGGCUGACACCAGACAACAGCAAAAACAGAGUGAGUUCCAACAGUGAUUACUGCAAUGUGUUCUUGCAAAAACUGAAAAAUGAAAUUGUUCACGAGCACAACCUGGAAGAAUGUUUGGCAAGAAGAUUCCCAUUUGGCAAAUCAUGAAUGACUUACUUAAUUCCCACACUUCCAUAAAUGCAAUACACUGAAUGUAGUAAACUCCCUCUUGAAAUAGUAAAUUUUCUAAAUGCCCCUCUCUCUAAUAAUAAUUCCAUCUUAAGAAAAAUUUAGUGUGGCUAUUAGUGGAACCCAUGGCAAUAUGCAUUAAAAAAUUUCAUAAUAGGAGCCUAUUUCUGAGUGAAAUCAUUUGAUUAAAUACUCAGGUGCUGGCUAAUGAAAUGAAAAAUAAUUUGUCAUCAAUUUUAAAAGAAGGAGAGUACACCUUAAUGUCCUGACACACAUUUAUCUUUGUUAGAUUAGAGCUGAACAAUGUUUCUUAAUGGUGAAUUUCAGGUUUUUGUCCAUGAUGGCAAAGUUCAUAUUAUUCCCCUUCCCGCCACCCCAGGAGAACUGACAAUAUACCCAACAGGUACUCCCAUAUUGCAUCAGGCGCUAAAGUUAGUAUUUGGGCCUCAUAACACUGAAGCAGCAGCAAAGAUUCAGGAAACAAUCCGGCAAAGGAUUGCAAUGUGAGUGAACAGAGUACAGUAUAGCAUGUUAUCCAGGAAUAGUAGCAACAUUUCUAGUCUCUUCAUUUUAUUCAAACUUUGCUGUUUUGAUUCAUGAGUUACAGAUGUGUGUAUCAAUAUCCCAUAUUUGACCUAAUUUAACUGUUAGGCAAAGGAAAAGUCUGUUUAUAAGACUUCUUAGAUAAGAAUAAUAAGUGGUAGGCCUUGCCCCCUUCCUCUUCUCUGUAAUGCUGACGACAUGCUUCUCACAAAGAGCAGGGAAUAUAACUCCCAGUGUUGUGGUCUGGCAUUGCCAUUGCUUAUACAGGCCCCCAUUUAAACCAGCUGAACUGAACUGGACCAGCCAGUCCAAAUAUUGCAAAUACAUAUAAUACAUGUAUAUGUACAUAUCAGAGGGCCUCUUUAAUGCUGUGUAACUAUCACAGACUGAUGAAGGCUGAGUGAUUCAGCUGAAAGAAAUCCACCAAAAUCAAUAGUUUCUAAUCAGAUUAUUCUACUCACAUGAACACAUUAUUUAUGUUCCUGUACUCAUCUUUUUCUUUUCCCUUCAGAAUUUCUCAGAGCAACUCUCAUCAUGCUCAUUGCUAUGUACCAGCAGAAGUCAAAUUUGUUCUCGAUCAGAAGCCAUCUUUAAUCAGUCCUGUUGUACUGGCAUUUUAUGGGCGGGAUCCUGUUGACAUGAAGGUUUGUUAUGCUAUAAUUAACAAUCAAUAUUCUAAUAUGCUCAAUGAAUGAUUUUACUCCGCUUAACCAGUGCAAUUAUGUCAACAUUUGAAUUGUGUUUUGUCUGUUACAGGCUUGCAGAACAAUGGAUCAGUUCUCACUGAAAACAAGACUUCUGUCAAGGGUAUGUGGCAUUCUGAGAUUCUCUUUUUCAAUGAGCAUGAAUGCCAGAGCUAUGAGACGUGUGUAAAGGCCAACAUUUUCAAGAGUCAAGUGCAUAAAUUUGAGUUUUUCACUCACAGGCUCUUUGUUAUUACUUGAUAUACAAUGUCCUCCUUCAUUUUAAGCACAGCAGGUGAUAUAGAUUUUCAAACCAGUAGGGCAAUCCUUUUACCAGUUGAAUGAUCAAGAAUUAUGUGUGAUUUCAGGAGGUAUUAGGAAGUACUAUGAGCAACAAAUUUUAAUCAGUAACCACCUGAAAAUACAUCUACAGCUCAUUCACUGUGUGCAACACCCAACUCACAAUGUCUGGAAUAACAAAGUUUAUUACCUUUAUUUCCAGAUACGUUUUACACGAUGCCUCUAUGCACAGUUAUCCCAACAACCUUUCAAUCCCGACAAGAGGUCAGAGUGGACCCUACCACCAGUUACUGAUCCACAUUACAAAGCUCAUGAGUUGGGUCUGAAAUUGGUAAUAAUACCACAAUUAAGAAAAAACUGUUAUUAGAAAUAGUUGUAAGGCCCAAUUAGAACUGACAGUUAUCCCUGGUUCUGUCACACGAAGCAUCGGAUAGGUAACUAGUCCAUCUUAGAUAUCCCCCCCAAAUUUUUUUUCAGUGGUGCCCAUUAAUGUACCUGGCCUCAGUUGAUUGAAGGAUGGAUAGUGUUAUCCACUGGAUAAAUCUCUACAGGGUGGAUAGUGAAAUAUGUUUUUUUUAACUUGUGUGUGCUGGAUAAUGAUUAAUCUGUUGGAUAACCUUAUCUGCUCUUUGAAAAACUGCGCCCUGGAUGUAGAAAUGCUUAACCCAGUAACAAUGCUUCAGACCAGAGAUGAAAUUAAUUAAGGCAUCAGUCCAGAUUUUUGUGUUGGUCAUGAAUUGGUGCUUUAGACGUGUAGUGGUGAGGUGGAAUUUUUAGUGUUUUGAUUAAUGGUAAGAUUAUAAAAUUUUUUAGUCUUUUGUAUGUAGGUACAAUGAACACAGGCUCUUUUUUCUUUUCAAGGCUUGUGGAUUCCAGAUCUUAUGUAGAAGAAGUGGAGCAAGCCAACCAGAUUCAAAGGUACAUGUAUUUGCAACAUAGCUCUUAAGUUUGAUUCAUCACAAGGGUGCUGUGAUGAUAAUCAUCCAACCAUUUUAUUCAGACCCUAGAGUAUCUAUCUUUGAGUAAGUCCACCAAUCUGAUUAAAGAUAAGAAACUGUGUGAAACUACACUUUCUUCAUUAUGCUGCCAGUUAGUUCCACUAAUGGAACUUAAGUAUCAGAACUGCACAUGAAGCAUUGAGUAUAGGCUAUUAGGAAAAAAAGCUUUCAGUUAACCCUUUAACUCCCAGAAGUGAUAAACAUGAAACUUCUCUCUAUGAUAUCCUUACAUUAUCCAGCAAACAGCUAAUGAGAAUAUUAAAACUUAUCAGGUAGAAGUUGUUAUCUUGAUUCAACACCAAAUUCUCAUAACUAAUUUACAAGGAUGUGUGUAGCAACCAGAGGGGAGAAUUUACAAUCAGAUCUUGGGAGUUAAAGCAGCCCAUCCAGCCAGACCUUAUUAGGGUUUUGGGUAUGUGGCUACAAGUAUUGUUACCAGUUCCUCCUCCUGUAUGGGAUGCCAGUUUCUCUGUCAGUUUACCAGUUCCCAAUUAUAUUCCAAACUGGAGAGAAGCACUGUAAGUGUAAAGUGUUUUUUGCUCAAGAACCCACACUUAACUUUUAUUUGACAAUGCAGGUGAUAGAUGAACCCAAUGGCCCAAAAUGGGAGAGAUUUUGUGCCUGUCUUAGUGAUCAAGGUUAUUUUAAGGUUAGUGUGCAUGCAUUCAUUUGUUAUGUUCUUUCAUGACCUUCAUACACCAGAUUACAAAUAUUAACAGUUAAAGGGGACUAUUAGAAAUUUGACAUUUGCAAUACUCUGUUUUGUAAGACUUGUUAGGGCUGUAGUCAAUGAUGUCCUUCCAUUUGUCUUGUGUUUACGUAAUAGGGAGAAAUCGAAGGAUCAAAAUUGUACCAGGAUCUUCUGAAGAAGGCUAAGAAGCAAUUCAGUGAGAACUUCUCAACUCAAAACAGGUUUGUUCAGCAUUCAUUGAUCUGUUUCUUUCAUGGGGCGGGGGUGACCGUGGCUGAUCCCUAGAGGCCAAAGAAAGGACAUUUAGAACUUCUCAGAAAAUUAUAUUGAUUAGAGAGUUUCUUAGUGUCCUGUUAGGUUUAAUUUAUCUAAAGUUAAGUCGCUUUUAACUUACUUUCAUCAAUCUGCUGUUGUGGUAGAUGCUGAAAACCCUUUUUCCUCAAAACAACAGUCGUUUACUUUUCACACCCUCUCAAAGCUCACUAAUUUUGGUUGAACAGGUGGGAUGUACCUGACUUUUGUUUGUUGUCAUUUGUGGGUUUUGUAACUACAGGACAGAUCCAGGACAGAUUAUUUUGACAAUGUUGAAGGAUGCUGUGAUAGAUGUGAAAAAGAUGAAGGCGGAAGAGCUGCUCCCAGAAGACGGUAAUAAGAAAAAUGCCACAACUCUUUAGUUUAACCUGAUUCAUUACGGUUUGUGAGUGUUGCAAAUACGCAACACUUUGAUGACUUUGUGGUUUGCAGUCUGUGCUAAUCGCCCUCAACUAUCCUUUAUUCUGCCUGAUAUGUUUAAGGGUUUGUGAUCUUUAACCCUUUUAACUCCCAAGAUCUGAUUGUUUAUUCUCUCCUCUAGCUUUUACUCAUUUUCUUGUUAAUUAGUUACGAGAAUUUAUUGUUAGAUCAAGAGAACUUCUACCUGAAAAAGCGAGUAUUCUCAUCACUUGUUUGCUGGAUAAAGUAUCGAUAUUAUGAGGAGAUGGUACAUGUUAAUCACUUCUGGGAGUGAAAGGGUUAAGGAAAUUUUCUUACGAGGUUUGAAAAUGACUGGAAAGAGUUUGACCUAUCUCUUUUAAUGAAUUGUAUGACAAAAUUUUCGAACAUGGUUGGUAUUACUCUUCAAGUACAGUACACUCGUCACACUUGUAAUUCUCCCAUUCAGCGGCCGCUCAUGUCUUGGUAAACCUGUUGAGAUGGGCCGUUGUGAUUACUCCGAUUUUGGUCUCACGACAUUCAAUCGAAAAGCGCCCUACUAGGACUAACACCCCUUAGCUGUUGAUUUUACCUGGGCGCUGGAUGAUGUAUUGAUCCACCAAGGAGAAGUUGCCUCAAGGAAGUAAAAACUUCGAAAUGAAAUUUGACAAAAUAAAUUGAUUUAUGAAACAAAUCGAUUUAAACCUUUUUCAAUAUUUGGUUUAACAGAUGACAGCUGGUUGAACUUGACUGACCAGGAUUUAGAGAACAUGCUUUCAAAGUACCGCGAUCUAAACUCAAGAAAGACUGGAAGAGACACCCGCACAAACACGCCCAAUCAUAACGUAUGUACUUCAAGUAACUUUUAGAAGUAAGAGCGCAGUUAAAUCUCGUUUCUCUCCCUUUUCGUUCCAAGAAAUGUGGUUUGGGAGAAUACACCCGCUUCUGGGGCUUUCCAUAAAUUAAAAGUGCCCCUCACGUCCCUAAAUCCCGGAGAGAACUUCCGAGAAGAUAGCAUUCACCACAGAUAGAGAGGGAUGGAACCUCUGUAAAAAUUUUAGUACUUUAAUUGUGCGUCGGAGAGUAGAUCCUUUAAGACUUGCAGUAUCGACAUUUCAAAAUUCUUUUCUUAAGAUGUCCUUCCGUCUUACACUCUUCUGAUUUGAUUUUAGUAUUUAAAAUAAUUAUUUUUUUUGUGGCUACUGCCUCCUAUGAAACAGGAGGCGAGGCCACCGCAUGUAUGUCCCAGGGAUGAGUUAGUGAGUGGGUGAGUGAUGGUAAGUAACAAAAGAAUUCCGAUCUUGGCCCAAUUUUGACCCGAUGUUUCUCGGUACUCCUAAAUGUUUUUUAUGGAGAAUGCGGUAGGUUUUCUGUUUUGCAUGUUAACAACACUACCUUCUAGCAUCAUUAUUCAAGCUUUAGUUCUCUUCAAUGCUACAAAAAUUGUGCUGUACAGUCGAAUCUCGAUUAUCCGGACUCGUCCGGACCUCGGAAAAUUGUCCGGAUAAUCGAGAGUCCGGAUAAUCGAAAAUAUGAAUAUUAAUGAGAUAGAAAUGUAAACAAAAGGUAUACAGCAAAGGAAACAUCAUUUUAAUUAUGAAAUCUACACAGCCUGUAUGUAUUUAAAAAUAAAAACUUUGGGACCAGAGAAAAAAGUCCGGAUAAUCGAAUAGUCCGGAUAAUCAAGGUCCGGAUAAUGGAGGUUCGACUGUAGUAGACACAUGCAGUACUAGGCUGCUUACUUUUAGUUACGUUACUGCGCGCGAAUAUUUCGAAUUUGUUUGUGGUUUCAGGAAUCUUCAGUAGACCUGAAUUCCGUAACUCGUACUUUCAAAGCGUUUGUGGACAAAGUUUCCAGUUACGAGGGAGCAGAAUUUCCAGGGUAAGAGAAAAUAACAUCGUCUUGUUCUCGUGCUCGUAAUCUGGAAUUGCCGGUUUAAGUUUUCCUUUACUUUGUCCUGUGAUUGGUCCAGAAAACUUGCGCCACUCUCUCGACCAAUCAGGUGCAAAACUAAAACCAAGCACAACUUGGUCACCCGCGUUUUCCCGCGCUUUAGGCAGUUUGGUUGUUUCUACUUUGAGUUCUCUUGGCUUCCUUAGGUAUUUUUAUUAGCUCUGAUUGGUCCUUUUGAUUACUGUGGUGUUAGUUUACGACGCUUAAUCGAAAAACGCGCUAAACUCGAACUAACCAAGAACAAAACCGAUGCAGAGAGGAAUGAAGGUUAUCAGUUCCGGGUUACUAGAUUACUAUACGUUUGUCCCAACCACUCGGCCUUUAGAUGGAAUGCUAGUUUAUAAAGACAAGCCCCCAACACCUUGAUCGCGCGGAAAACUGAACACAGCAGUCGAACGUAGGACAUGCGCAAAGGGAUCAAUUUUGCCCAGCUGCCCGCCACUUUCCGCCCAAAGUUUCAAAGGAAAACAUAAGCAACAACCGCUAUCACGCGAGUAAAGACAUUGAUAUGUUCAUGCAAAUUCAAUCUGUAAAAGGAAACAUAAGAAGGGAAAAGGAAAAACCUCGAUUUAAUGUACAUAGGGCUUAUUUAAAUUUUGGUGUCCUACUGAAUGUCGUUUUGUUUAAAGCUUUACCAAGAAAGUUUUACGGCUUUCAAACACCGCGACGUACCCGCUCGUGUGGUUGUUUAUAAGACAGCUUGGUUUUGACAGCCUGAAAACACAUCACCAAGGCUCUACAACGUUUGUACAUGUGCGGACAUUUGACCGUUUUGUUCGGAGAGUGUCGCCUCAGUAUACAAUAUCCACGCUGAAUUCGGCUUGGAUUGUAACUUGAAUCUCAUGUCCAGAGUCCUGAGCACAAGCCGUCAAACAAUCCGAUGUACAUAAAAAUCUUUGAAGUAGUGUUUGGCGUCGAUCGCGAACACUAAAAACUUACAGUUGUUACCCAUAAUGUGUGGUAAGUGAAGUGAAAAUGAAGGACAAUGUUUCAAAGUUUAGGUGUUCAUUUUUGCUCUCUUUUGGCAGGGAUCCUGAAGACGUAGAUAUUCAAUUUGAUGCCGAUUCUUUCAUGGACACCGUGGGGAACCUCUUAGGUACUUAUAUGCGUUCGAUUACUUCCAAUAUGCUUUCUUGAACCAUGGCAAUGUAGAGGUUUCAGAAUAUAUCAGUUGUUAAAUUAUCUCUCUGCACACCUCUUACAAAGCGUUCUUAUCAACUUCCGGUUUGCUAUUUAACAUAUUUUAAAAAGCUGGGAGACAUAUCUCGUUCUCAUUCUGGAUUAACACUAUGCUACAUUCAGUUGAACUAAACCUUCAGCACUUCUUUGGUUUUCCUAGCCUUUCCAAAAACGUUUUGCCCUUCUUUUUUUGUUGCAUUUUAAGUGGUAAGCGUGAACGAGGUUGUGUUGUGCAGCGAUUAAUUUAUUGAUUAUCAGGUCAAGGCGUCCGCCAUCGAGAUGAAGAAAGUGAUUCUGAUGCAGACGAUGAAGAUAUGGACUUCUCCUCAGGAGAUGAGUGUGAAACUAAUCAAGGUUAGGCCAUCUCUAUUGUGGUCUGUUUACGGUCAUGCACGCCUGGCUGUUGUUUUUUUUUCAACACAGUUUGCCAUACCAACAGCAGUUCGAAGAAUGACAGCAAUCUGAUUUUUCACAUGAGCGACUCUCGCCAAACAAGUACGAUUGACGAUUGGUUCAUACGUAAGCUGCAUUCAUCGUAGCGCGUGGGAGGUUUGGAGAACAUGAAAGAGGACGAAAGAGGCGUAAUAGUUUCUCGCGCGCAGCCGAGAGCAACUUUAGCUUUUUAAGUGCUCUUUAAACUUCCCAAGUGCUUCAUAUCUCAAUUAAUUCACGCUGACGCAGAAACCAAUCAGUGCUAAUUGGCUGCGGGUUUUUAUUUGUUUUUUUUUUUUUUCUUUCAAAUUCUACUUAGUUUUCCAAUUUCUGGCGUAUUAACUUUCAAUUUUUGUCUAAGGCGUCGAAGCUAGUACUUACCUGAGCGAGGACGACAAAGAAAUGAAAACGGUCAUGGAAGAGAUGGACAACGAACUUGCACAGACAUCAAUCGGAGAAAGCUUCGAAAAGGUAAGCUUACUUUUAAUCUCUUCACUCACUCACUGUGAUCAGUAAGUGCCGGAUUUCUCCGCACAAUGUUGAUACAUGGUGAUACAUGGUGAGACAGAACGGCGAUAAGAAUUAAGAAAACUCUGAUUCACUGAGGGAUAUUGUCUGAUCCAAGCCCAAAUUCUCAGGGUUGAAAUAGAGAGAAAUGUUUGCCAGACAGUAAGGAGAAUUGAAAUUGAGAUCCUCGGAGUGUAAGGGUCAACUGUAAUUGACUCCGACCCUCCCCUUUAAUGAACGUUUUCAAUUUACUUACGCAAGAUAUUGCUCAAAAUAUCUGCUAGUGGAAGAUAUGGCUUAAAAUAUUGUCUGAUCAUUUCAUCAUCAGUUUGGUGUCUAUUUGUUUGUCCGUUUAUCUGUCUAUCCACCUGUUUGUCUCAGUAUCCUUCCACCCAUCCUUUUGUCUGUUUGUUUUUCUAUGAUAAUCCUCUCUUUGAUUGAUCCAGUUAUUUAUUCCCUUUAUCUCUGAACCAUAGAGCGGUAAAUUACCUAAAGAGACUCGUCAGACCCAAACUAACCAUUCCGGUGAACCUCAGUGUGAUUCCGACGAUGAUGCGCCUGUCAACGUAGACUUCAAUCUUGUUAAAAACAUCUUGGAGUCCUUCUCUACGCAACAAGGACUCGCGGGUCCCGCAUCUAAUAUCCUUAAUUCGAUGGGUGUGUGGCUUCCACCAAACAACGACCAGAGCGAUCUCACUUAGCUUCACGUGACAGAAGUGAAUCAUUGUGUUCAAAGGAACAUUCUGAUCGAUUUACAGCCAGAAUCGGCGCAGAAGAAAGGAACGAAGAGAGCACAUUUUUGUCCCCUAAACUGGCGCCUUCUUCCAAGAAAAACAUUCGUGUCUCUGAACCAAAGUUGAAUACGCGUCCAGGUGCUCUGGAACUGCGACUUAGCAAGGGGAACAAAGUUAACGAGCCGACAACAAUUCACUUUGCGUCAGAUUUGACAGAUUCAAAAAAGCAAAGUAGUUCUGGAGGUAGUAUGGUUGUAAAGUGCAUCACAUAAGUUUAAAGUUGCGCGUGGUUUUUCAAAACAAAAAGAAAAGAAAGCGAAGUAUAAUUCUACUGAAGUGAAAACUGUCAAGAGAAUAUGUUUUUGCACCGUUGGGUACAAAGUUAAACGAGACGAAGUAAAAUACAUGGUCGCUUUUGGUUAUAUUUCUUUCAUAGAAAUAUGUCGAGUCGUUACAUUAUACCGGUUGCAUUCGUAAC